AUGCCCUCCACAUCCAUCCGUCGAGCGCUCCCUCGAGCGCCUCGGCACCCUUACCUCGACCUUGUGUACUGCCAUGACGUCGAGUUCGUGUCCCCGCACGACGCCCUUGCCGCAAUCGGUGAGCUUCGGAGGCUUCGCGACGAGGGCAAGAUACGUUAUGUGGGCGUAAGCGGCUACCCUUUACCCGUCUUGACCUCCAUCGCCAAACUAGUUCUCGAGAGAACCGGCGAGCCCCUCGACGCGGUCCAGUCCUACUCCAACUUUAACUUGCAAAACACGACCCUCGGCCACGACGUCACCGUGAACGCCUUCCGCGACGCCAAAGUCGGCGUGCUCAUCAACGCCAGUAUCCUCAGCAUGGGCCUCCUCACUACCCACCUCCAACACAUCACCAAGGAUGCCGGGCUCGAGCUCGAGGAUGCCGCUAUUCGGUGGGCCAUGGACUCCUGGGCUGACAAGGGUGCCGAGUUCGGCUCAACACAGCUCUCGCUGAGCGAAGAAACGAGAAUGGGCAUUACCGCGAUUGGUGUUACAUCGGUUGACCAACUGGACGCUACUUGGAAGGUAUGGGAACAAGUUAAGCAAGAAAGAAGAAGCCAUCAGAGCGACGGCGCCGUUACCGCCGCCACAGAGACCGUGCGGAAGCUGGCCGAGGAGCGCAUCUGGCCUGCGCUUGGAGCAUGGAAAGACUAUACGUGGGCUAGUCCUGAUGAGCAUUACGUGCCAUCGGGGCCGUCUCGACCGGCUCAAUAA